AACAGCAGGAACGUCACCAACUUUACAAUCCCCAGAUAUGCUGGGCUAUGACUCCCAUCACCUCACACAAUUAUGAUGGCUGGGGAUGAUAGGAGUUGUAGUCUAAAAUAUCUGGGAGAUGUCAGGUUGGGGGGGGGAGUCUGAUAUCAUUCAAGAAUGUGUGGAUAGAGGAGGGAGCAUGCUGGACUGUAGUAUUUAUUUGUUUUAUUUGCUUAUUUCAAGGAUUGAUAUCCCUCCUUUCUCCCACAAUGGGAUUCAGUACUUCAAAGUGCAGGAGACGCAGGGGAAAAUGAGCUUGGACUCCUUGUUCCAGCAAAUCCUUCUGACGGAGCAGAAAGCAGAGGAGAAACGGCGCCACUUGCACCAGGUUAAACAAGAAAUAGCACUAGGGCAUGAAAAAGCUAAACAACUGAGACAACAACUGGAUGAAGCAAAAAGCAAACUUGAAGAUGAGGUUCAGCUGCUUUCUGAAAAGUUCUUUCACUUGGAGAUUUUGAAGAAAAGGGAAGAGAGCUUAGAAAAACAGAAAGCUGAGCUUCUCUGUCAGAAGAGUAUUCUACUUGAAACUUUCAUGGAGAUCAAGAGAAAAAAUGCCACAGAGGAUGACAAAUUUUUGAAGGAACUUACAGACUUCAACAAUGAAUAUGCGUUAACAUCCAAUAGGGAGAUCUUAAUUAAAAAAAGAAUACAAGCUGAAAUAUGUGAACUGGAAGAAAAAGAAAAUGUUUUGAGAAAUGAAAUAGAGUCAAUGGAGCACAAAAAUGCUCAAUUAAAAAUGUUUCAGCUACAAAAGAAUGAAUUAAAAGAAGAUUUAUUUACUCUCCAGAAGAAACUCAAAGGUUUUGAAAAUGAAAUCAGAGAAGCUAAAUGUACCACAAAGUAUUUAGAAAUGGAAAAAAACCAAAUUUCUGAAAAACCUCAGACUGAUCCAGAAUGUGUAAGGCUUAAAAAGGAAUUGGAAACUUACAAAGAAAAUGAAAUGGAAAAUGUCUGUGCGGCUCUUCAAAUGGAAAUUGAAUUUCUGCAGAUGAAAUUAUUACCAAAAAAAUCUUCCCACAAAUAAGUAACAUAUGGUGGAUUGAUUCAAAUGUCACAGAAACAAGUCUUCAUGGUAUUUAGGGAAAACGCUGCUUUUUAAGUCUUUGUUGUUAAAUUUAUCACCCUGUACUUUUCCUGCUAGUCAAACAAGGAGUCUGUUUUUCACCACAAAUUUUGUAUCUUUUCUUUUGGCUGUUUCAUUAGCAUGAGUGUCUAGCAUCUGUAAACAAAUAAUUUUUCCUUUUGUAGAGAGAUUUUUUUUUGGCAGUUUUCCUAUUUUCAUAUCCAAUAGUGAAAGCCUGCCUAGCCUGCCUAGAACCUUCACUAGGUCUGUCUUACACAGAUGCACAAUUCAACACAACACAACACAGACCUUGCCAUUAUCUUUGUUUUCUUUGUGUCUGUGCAAUCUCCCUGUUUUACGAGAUUCACCAUCCCAUUUUUUAAACUAGGAAAGGUAACUGAUGAUGUUCCCUUUGAGGCUUUGUUGCCCAAAGGACCUAGCAGUGCAGCCAGCCUGAGAACUUCCUGAUGAUACUGUAUCUGGACAAAGUCGUUGAGGCUUUAAGUGCUUAAUGUGGUUUAAAUUUUUUACUAAGAUCCUUCCAUUAUUAAGUUCCAGCCAGAGCUUGAAAAAGUUACUUUUCUGUACCCUAAUGUCCAGAAUAACUUAGCCAGUAUUGGCCAUUAGCUAUAAUGGCUAGGAAAUGCUUGUAGUCCCCUUUUAUAAACUCUGGAUAAUGCUGAAGUUUGGAUCAUUACUUUUUUUGGUUAAUUAUAUUAUUUAUGUAAAAAUCCUCUAACUUUCAUUAGAUCUGCAGUGGUCAGUCAAGAUUUGACCUGUCAUAUACAAAUAUUAAAUGUACAUGUUACAUAGUAAUUACUAUUAUUAA